UGUGCCGCAUGGUAACGCUCAUUCAUUGUAAGCAGCUCAAACCGUUCGCUUCGUGGAAGCUGCCGGUACGUAGCAUCGUGUGCGCGUAGUGUUUUGAUCCUUCCAAACAAACGCGAUAAAUAAAAGAAAAGAUACAAAAAACAGAUUGUGAUACCAGAAACGUGAAAAUUAGUCCCGCAGUAGGCUUAGUGAAAUUGUUGCUCUCUGUCUCUCGACGUCUUUUUUUGGGGUGAAAAUUACGCACCAUUUUCGUGAGAGCGAGAGUAUGGAGUGAGACAAAAACAACAACAAAAAGCUACUAACCCCUCAACAGUGACAGAAAUCAUAUGCGCGCAGUACCGAACGAAAACAACGUGUGACCAUAGUGGCUGGUGUAUUGUGAACCUUUCUCACCUUGCCUCUUCGCUUGGCGUGUUUGGCGCGUGUGUUCGUGUGCAUAACAAAACGGUCUACUUCGAUGAGUGUGAGUGGAAAAGUGGAAAAUUCUCUCUGCGUGAGGAACGAAUUUUUGCAACAACGCGGUCAGUCGUCUGUGUGAAACGAAACCCGAAACUGUCAAGGUGUCAAGUCAGUCCGUUCCGUUCCCGUAGGUGAGGACACCUCCAAAGAUACCUCGGGCAGCUUAUAUACCUUAUCCAGUGUGGUUUAGCAAAUCGUACCGCACCUUCACUAGAAUAGUGGUGAACGCAUCGAGUGUUUGUGUUUUUCGAAGUUGAACCAGUGACCCUACAUUACCCGUAACCAUGCCAUCGGAACCGGAAAAGGUUUUCAAUCCACAUUCGGAUGUCGCCAGCAAGGCGUACAUCAACAGUAUGCAGCAGUACCAGGAGUUUUACCAGCAGUCGUUGGAAAAUCCGGCCCAGUUUUGGUCGAAUGUGGCCAAACAAUUUCACUGGGAAACGCCGUACGAUCCGAAGAACUUUUUCUCGUACAACUUCGACAUCUCCAAGGGACCCAUCUUCGUCAAGUGGAUGGAGGGUGCCUCAACGAACAUUUGCUACAAUUUGCUGGAUCGAAAUGUAAAGAAUGGGCUCGGCGACACCGUUGCAUACUACUGGGAAGGAAAUCACCCGGAUGACUACAGUCGGCUGACGUACAGGAAGCUGUUGGAGGAAGUGUGCCGUUUUGCGAACGUGCUGAAGAGCCAUGGCGUACAGAAGGGUGACCGGGUAUCGAUCUACAUGCCCAUGACCAUGGAGCUGCCGGUUGCUAUGCUGGCGUGUGCGAGAAUCGGUGCCGUUCACUCGAUUGUGUUUGCCGGCUUCUCGUCUGAUUCGUUGGCGGAACGUAUGCACGACUGUCAGGCGAAGGUGUUGAUCACCGCCGACGGUGCCUGGCGUGGUGAGAAAAUCCUUCAGCUGAAGGAUAUCUGUGAUACUGCAAUGGACAAGGCGGAAGAGCUCGGCCAUCAUGUGCAGACCUGUAUCGUAGUGUCGCACAUCAACCGUGUCACACCCGGCAAAGAAGAUUGGGACGGUUCGUUUGAUACUCCCUGGAGGGAUGGACGUGACUUCUGGUGGCAUCAGGAGAUGGAAGAGGCAGAGCCGGCAUGCUAUCCCGAGUGGAUGUCAGCGGAAGAUCCACUCUUUAUGCUGUACACUAGUGGUUCUACUGGAAAACCAAAAGGCGUGCUGCAUACCACGGCCGGCUAUUUGUUGUACGCGGCUACGACGUUUAAAAUCGUGUUCGACUACAAACCGCUCGAUAUUUACUGGUGCACGGCUGACAUUGGUUGGAUAACCGGACACACGUACGUUCUGUAUGGUCCGUUGGCAAAUGGUGCUACCUCGGUCAUGUUUGAAGGUACACCAUUCUUCCCCGAUACGGAUCGUUACUGGGAGAUUAUCGACAAGUAUAAGGUGACACAGUUCUACACUGCACCAACCGCCAUUCGUUCGCUGAUGAAGUUUGGUGACGAGCCGGUGUUGAAACAUGAUCUUUCUACGUUGAGAGUUUUGGGGAGUGUCGGUGAGCCGAUCAAUCCGGAAGCGUGGCUUUGGUACUAUCGCGUGAUCGGCAAGGAACGUUGCUCGAUUGUGGAUACCUUCUGGCAGACGGAAACAGGUGGACAUGUCAUCACGCCACUACCAGGAGCAACACCGAUGAAACCGGGCUCUGCCUCGUUCCCGUUCUUUGGUGUGAAACCAACACUGCUAGACGAAAGUGGCACGGAAAUCAAAGGCGAAGGUGAAGGAUACCUCGUGUUUUCGCAACCUUGGCCGGGAAUGAUGCGCACCCUGUUUAACAAUCAUCCACGCUAUGAGUCGACAUAUUUUUCAAAGUUUAAUGGUUACUACUGCACGGGUGAUGGUGCUCGUCGUGAUGCGGACGGCUAUUACUGGGUAACUGGGCGUGUGGACGAUAUGCUGAACGUGUCUGGGCAUCUGAUGUCCACUUCGGAAGUCGAAUCGGUGUUGACCGAGCAUCCACGUGUUUCGGAAGCAGCUGUCGUUUCACGGCCACAUCCAGUCAAGGGUGAAUGUUUGUACUGUUUCAUCACACCGAACCAGAACGAAGCGUUCGAUAAAACACUAAUCAGUGAGCUAAAGGUGCUGGUGCGGGAACGCAUCGGUCCGUUUGCCCAGCCAGAUGUUAUUCAGCAUGCGCCGGGUUUACCGAAAACUCGGUCCGGGAAGAUUAUGCGACGAGUACUGCGCAAGGUGGCAAUCAACGAUCGUGAUGUAGGCGACACAUCCACCUUGGCGGACGAAGCGAUCAUCGAACAAUUGUUUGCAAAUCGGCCUACAAACUAAACGACACCGAAAAUCAUUAAUGCAACCGUUCGUUGCAGAUCGUCGUCGUCGUCGUCGUUGUCGAUGAUGCUAUAGUUCUAAGCAAAGGGUGCAGAGUUUCGAUGGGAAUGGAACUCACAUCGAUUGUUUUAGGUAUCUCACUGGAAAGGAUAAGUUUCUGUCGGCUUUUUCUGUACCAUAACCUACCUGCACAUUACACCGAAAGGGACAAAUACGCAUACAACUUACGCAUACGCAUAUCGAAAACUAAUGCUGGACAUCGGGGAACAAAUGGAAAACAGAGCAACAAAGCAAGACGCGCAGAUAGCGAAAAGCAUCCUUGAAAUUCGAGAAUACGUGCAUUUGGGGUAGUGAAAACAAAUGGCAUGGUGCAGGAAUACCAUGCAUACAAAACCACACGCAGCAGCUCGAAUUUAUCGCGCGAAGGUACCGAACGAUGGUAUCGGAAAACAAAUCUUCCCACCAGUGGGAGAUCGUAAGGAUUUCAGUGCUGUAGCUUUAAGAGAUGCCAGGUGGGAAGACGGUUAGAUUGGCUCUGGUUGAUCUGAUUGGAUGAAACAUACUUUAAGUAGCUGUUAUUGCAUUCUAACAUAUUUAAGGCUAUAUUUGUUUUAGUAUUAAAUGUUUGCUAGAGCCACGGUGCUCAUCUGUGCUGGGUGGAACUAUCUGCCGCUUCUCGUUUGUUGGCAAUCUCAAAAUGGAAAGCAAAUGCUUCACUUUUAAAUUAAUUUUGCAUCGAUUAAAUCCAGUCACAAGAAAUGUUACACUGUUAGACAACGAGAAAAGCGGGAAUAUUUAGACGAGAGAGACAGAAGGGCGAAAGUGUUAUCAGAAAACCUAUUUAGAAAAGGGUUAGGAAUGUCGCAGAGCGAUGUUUUGGGAAGAGACACACAAAAACUAGGUCAGUGUGGAGAAUGCGAAGCAUACUAUGAGUUAAUGAGAAAGUGCACGAAUACAUACAGCCACACAAGAACAUUUUCCUUUUCCUCAUACUCCUUUUCCCAUCCUCCCACACACACACACGUACGUUAUCGUAAGAUGAUAGCAUUUCUUCCUUUUUUCCCAGUGUGUAGUUUCUACCGCCAUACUAUACAUACCAAUCGCGGAAGAGAUAGAGAGAGCGAGUAAUACCAUGGAUAUUCAGUUAAUCAUUUUUAUUAUUUUCACUGCUUUUAUUUUUCGCUUAUAAGUUUUACCACAAAUAAACACUCACAACGCUUGUCUAUGGCACCGUACCUAUACACUUGAAA